CUAGUUCGAGUGGAGACAUAGGUGGGCCCUCGUCGGACGAAAUUAUCUGGCCACCAGCAAUGGCGGUUUCUGGCGAGCGAAGUGAAUCUUCAUCCUCGUCCUUCUCCUUGUCCAAUUUAACUCAGGCAUUUCCUUUCUCUUCUGGAAACCCUAGAAUCGAGGAGACUAGAGGCGUCAUGCAUCUCUAUCGCGAGGAUCCCACGUCCUCAUCGCCUUCUGAUCUUCCUGUUGGACGGAAACCACUUGUCUGUGUGCUUGGAGUGCCAAAUCACAUGACCUAUGCAGAUUUUUGCCAGUUCUGCGGUUCAUUUAUUCAGCACAUCUUAGAGAUGCGGAUUGUCAGAAAUGAUGGGAUGGAAGAUCAGUACAGUGUUUUAAUUCGUUUUGAUGACCAAGAUUCUACAGAUGGUUUCUACAAGCAUUAUAAUAGGCGUCGUUUCUCAUCUAUGGAGGUGGAAGUUUGCUGUGUUCUGUUCACAUUGGAUGUGCAGUACACUGGCCUGAUUGAACAUGCGCAGGCAUCUAAUGCUAGCUCAACUGAACAGCCUGCAUGUCCAGUGUGCUUAGAGAGAUUGGAUCAAGAUACAAGUGGAAUUCUUACAACUAUUUGCAAUCAUUCUUUCCAUUGUUCCUGUAUAUCAAAAUGGGCGGAUUCAUCUUGUCCUGUAUGCCGAUAUUGUCAGCAGCAGGCUGAAAAAUCUACAUGUUUUGUUUGUCAAACCACUGAAAACCUCAGCAUAUGCGUUAUUUGUGGGUUUGUUGGCUGUGGAAAAUACAAAGCAGGACAUGCCAAAAUACACUGGAAAGAGACACAGCAUUGCUACUUCCAAGAAGUGGAAACACAGAGAGUAUGGGAUUAUGUGAAAGACAACUAUGUUCAUAGACUAAUCCUGUCCAAAACUGAUGGGAAGUUAGUUGAGUUAAACUCUCACUGUGAGCAUGCAGGCACUGGAUGUGGAAGUUGCAGCUGUGAAGAUAAUGCUAUGAGUGAGGCUAUACUUAACAGUAAAGUCGAAGCUAUUGUCAACGAGUACAAUGAAUUGCUUGCUACACAACUUGAAAACCAAAAAUUAUACUUUGAGUCCUUACUACAAGAAGUAAAAGAAGAAACUGAAAGAGAAAUUUCUAAAGCUGUUGAGAAGGCCGUUGCUGUUAAGCUGCAGAAGUUGCAGUCCAAGCUUGACAGAUGUUAUAAGGAGAAGAAAUUUUUGGAUGAUCUAAAUGAGAAUCUGCUGAAAAAUCAGGAGAUCUGGAAAGCCAAGAUACUUGAGAUUGAAGAAAGGGAGAAAAAGGCCGUAAAACUCAAGGAUGAUAAAAUAAGGGCCCUGGAAGAGCAGUUAAGAGAUCUCAUGGUUUGUCUCGAAAAUGGGAAGACAAACGAACAGCUAUCCGGGUCAGAUGGAACAAGAGACGGAACGUCUGUUCCCACUUAAGUAGAAUCUGGCUCUGAGCUGCGCAAGGAAGGUAACAAGGGAAGAAGCCAGAAGAAUAGAUCAUCCAUUUAUAGCUGGUGUUCUUGGUUGUAGAUAUGGUAUGACCCAUGUGCGGUAACUCUCAGAGCAGCAGAUUACUUUUGGAACCUUGAACUUGCAGGUGGUUUCAUAGGAAGGGAGAUUUUUCUCCCCGAUUUUUGUACUUUCAAAGCUUAGGUCUCAUAAUUCAUGUACAGAUUGUUCCACAUGAAUUCUAUUUUCAGGUGAAAGCAUGACUUGACUAUCUCAUACGGGUGGAUUUAUAUAGAUGUUAGGUAGAACUUGAAAAGAGAAAAUUAUAGCAAUAGCAAAAUAUUCUAAUGGAUUGUUCCCUACCACAGAUUUGUACGUCAGUUGGCCUUCAGAGAGCAUAGUUUUUAUUUUUUGCCGUA